AUGGUCCAGAUCUCCAUCCAGAAGCGUCCGCUCGCCGGUGCGGAGCUCGAGGCGAGCCAGCGCAAGUACUUUCGCAAGACGGCGCGCGGCAAAGUUAUAAAGGUCCUCCGCGAGCGCUAUCUCCGCGAUGACAUCCCCUGCGGCAGUGUCGCCUGCCAAAAGUGCCAACCCCUCCACGAUGCCAUCCAGAGGGACGUCGAGCAGGGUCUUGCGCACAAAAAGGCCUGGCUCAACGCAAAGGGCCUGUCCAACGCCAAGGUCGACCGUCAGCACUACGUCGUCGUCGACACCAACGCUUUCCUCCACCAGAUGGACCUCCUCGAGAAUCCGGCCUUUACCGACGUCAUCGUCCUACAGACCGUAAUGGACGAGGUCAGGCACCGCAGCCUGCCCCUCUACAACCGCCUCAAGAACCUCAUCGCCGACCCCGACCGGAGGUUCUGGGUAUUCUACAACGACUUCGGAAGAUCGACGGCCGUGACUCGCCUCGAUGACGAGUCGCCAAACGACCGCAACGACCGCGCCAUUCGUACUGCCGUCAAGUGGUACCGUGCUCACCUCAUGGCCUCGACCGGACCUGGAUCGUCCACCAAGGCCAACCUGGACGUCAUCCUCAUCAGCGAUGACCAAGACAACGUGCGCAAGGCCAUCGACUCGGGCCUCCGCGCCCUCUCGGUCAAGGACUACGUCGAGGGCAUGUCCAAUGCCGAACAGCUUCUCGACCUCCUCUCGGCUAGGACCAUUGGCGGCUUCGGUGGUGCCGGCAGCGGAAGCGGGGAGAAGCGCACCGUCCUCUACCCCGAGCACCUGCCGCAGAACACUGUGACCGCCGGUAUCAAGUCUGGUGCGCUCGCUCAGGGUUUCUUCAACGCCAACCCGUACAACUAUCUCGAGGGCACCGUGCGGACGCAGGCCUACGAUCGCCCGGUGCUCCUCGUUGGUCGCGAAGCCAUGAACCGCGCUAUCGAUGGCGACAUUGUGGCGGUUCAGAUCCUGCCCAAGGAGGAGUGGAAGGCGGCAACCGAGGAGGUCAUCGACGCCGAUGCGGCACUGCGCAACGACGACGUCGAGGGCAGCGACGGCGAGGGUGGAAACGAGGAGGACGACGAAGAGGCGAGGCUGGCGCGAAAGGAGCAGGCCGACGCAGAGGCAAAUGCGCGCUCCACGAAGGGAGAGCCGCAGCCGACGGGCAAGGUGGUCGGCAUCGUGCGGCGCAACUGGCGAUCCUACGUCGCCCACGUCGAUGUCACUUCGGUCAACGAGUCGGCGCUCGGAGGCCUCGCAGCGCAGUCUCUUUUCGCUACACCCGUCGAUCGCAAAGUCCCGAGGAUCCGUAUCCGCACGCGCCAGGCCAAGGAUCUCAUCGGUCAGAAGAUCCUCGUCGCGCUCGAUGCCUGGAGACCUACCAGCCGCUACCCCGACGGCCACUUUGUUCGCGCGCUCGGUGCGACCGAAAGCAAGGAGGCGGAGCAGGAGUCGCUGCUGCUCGAGCACGACGUGCCCUACCGGCCGUUUAGCAAGGCCAUCCUCGACUGCCUUCCCGUCGAAGGCGACGAGUGGAAGGUGCCGCCCAAGGACAUGACGCACAAGGCGUGGCGCGACCGCGUUGACCUGCGCGACGAGAACAUCUGCAGCAUCGAUCCGGUCGGGUGUCAGGACAUCGACGACGCGCUCCACGCCAAGCGGCUGCCCAACGGCAACAUCGAGGCCGGCGUACACAUCGCCGACGUGUCGUACUUUGUGCGUCCAGACACGCCCAUGGACUCCGAGGCCGCCUCGCGCGGCACGACCGUCUACCUGGUGGACCGCCGUAUCGACAUGCUGCCGCACCUGCUCGGCACCAACCUCUGCUCGCUGCGGCCCUACGUCGAGCGGCUGGCCUUCUCGGCCAUCUGGGAGAUGACGCCCGAGGCCGACAUCGUCAGCGUUCGCUUCCACAAGUCGGUGAUCGCCUCCAAGGCGGCCUUCACCUACGAGGAGGCGCAGACCCGCAAGGACGACCCGACCAAGGACGACGCCAUCACGCAGUCGGUGCGGCUGCUCAACUCGCUGGCCAUUCAGCUCAAAAAGAAGCGGAUGGACGCCGGCGCGCUCAACCUGGCCUCGCCCGAGGUGCGCAUCCACCUCGACUCGUCCGAGACUGCCGGGCCGAUCGACGUCGAACAGAAGGAGAUGCGCGAGACCAACAGCCUGGUGGAGGAGUUCAUGCUGCUCGCCAACGUGUCGGUGGCCGAAAAGAUCUACGAGACCUUCCCGAUGACGGCGGUGCUGCGACGCCACCUGCCGCCACCCAAGACCAACUUUGAGACGCUGCAGGACAUUCUGCACAAGCGCAAGGGCAUGGACCUCGACACGUCGAGCUCGGGCGCGCUGGCGGCGUCGCUCGACCUCUGCGUCGACCCCGCCGAGCCGGCGUUCAACACCCUGGUGCGCAUCAUGGCGACGCGCUGCAUGCUGUCGGCCGAGUACUUCUGCUCUGGCUCCGUGGCGCGCGACACGUUUGGGCACUACGGUCUGGCGUGCGGCAUGUACACGCACUUUACCUCGCCCAUCCGUCGGUUCGCCGACGUGCUCGCCCACCGGCAGCUGGCGGCCGCCAUCAACUACGAGCCUCUGCACGCGUCGCUGCACAGCAAGGACCAUGUCGACGACAUCCUCAAGGUGGUCAACAAGCGCCACCGCUCCGCCCAGAUGGCCGGUCGCGCCUCGGUCGAGUUCUACGUCGGCCUGUCAAUCACGGAAAAGAACCAGCUGCUCGAGCAGCAGCAGCAGCAGCAGGAGAAGCAGCAGGAGAAGCCGUCAAAGACCAAGAAGAAGGCGACGGCUUCGCAGCAGCUGGCAUUGGCCAACGGGGUGAGGCUGCGCGAAGAGGCCUUCGUGAUCCGCACCUUCCGCAAUGGCAUCGCCGUCUUUGUCAACAAGUUCGGCCUCGAGGGCCUGAUCACGUUCAAGGGCGAGGUCGAGUUUGACGCGGAAAACUACCAGGUCACGAUCCCGACCGACGUGAGCGGGCUGUCGAGGCCCGCCACGCUCGGCAUCUUUGACACGUGCACCGUCGAGAUUGGCGUCGAAAAGGACCAGAACACCAAGAGGGGCAAGACCAAGAUGUGGCUCGUCGAGUAG